AUGUUGGAAUCAGAGAGGUUCAAGAAAAUCCAGAAGAACAGGAAAUGCUUUGCAUACAUCGGAAUUUUCAUUGUGUUCCAAAUCAUAGUCAUGACUGUUUUUGGAUUAACAGUGAUGAAGAUCAAAACCCCGAGCGUGAGGCUGAGGUCCGUGACAGUCGACAACGCCUCCAAUAGUUCCUUCACUCUCAUUGCUGAAGUUGCCGUGAAGAACAAAAAUUUCGGGAGCUACAAGUUCGAUGCCACCACGGCUAAUGUGACAUACGGCGGUGUCACGCUGGGAAAAGGUGACAUUGCCAAGGCACGCGCCGGUUUGAAAAAGACCAAGAGGUUCAAUGUGACCAUUGAGGUAAGCUCCAGUGAUUCCAGCUUUGCCACUGAGCUGGCUGCAGGGAAUGUAACACUGAGCGCUCUUUCGAGGGUGACUGGUAAGGUGUCAUUGAUGGGGAUGAUGAAGAAGAGGAAGACAGCAAACAUGAACUGCUCGAUGAUCGUUAAUGGUCCAAAGAAGGUUGUUUAUGAUUUGACUUGUAAAUGA